GAGUUGAUUGUUGACGUCAACUGCAACCGCUGUGUUUUGAAGCGCGACCGGUUUGUUGUGGACACUGACUGAUAAUAUCAAUUUUUCUUUGUAAGUUUAUCGGAAUGUUAUUUGAAUUACCUAACAAUGAAUUUGUUCCUGAUGUGUUAGCGAUUCAAAAAGUGUUUUUCAGCUGUAGCGUUUUGACUUCGCGUGAUUGGGAGGAAGUUAUUAAGUUCAUCAGAGAAGACGAAGACCCGUUAAUUGCUCAAAAUAAAGUCCUUGAAGCAACAGUAUCACAUCCACUCAAUCAGCUGCACCCAGUUAAGGAAGAAUAUCAGAGGCUUUUCUUGAAAAAACUCAUUUCGCAGUUGGAGGCCUGUGGUGAAGAAGUGAGUAACGAAGUGUACAAGAAUUACAUUGAAAAGUUGAACACCACUAGUGAACUGCAGGAACACCACCACCGUCAUUUCAGAAUUGAAGGGAAAGGCUUCAUCACCCUGCAGGAGAGUACCAGAUUUGUAACCGGCGGAACUACAGGUCUACAGACUUGGGAGGGAGGACUAGCAUUGGCAGAGUGGUGUAUACAACACAGCUCUGAGAUCACAGGCAAACGUGUGCUGGAACUGGGCUGUGGUGUCGGGCUGACUGGUCUGGCUGUGGCUGUCACGUGUCGUCCCCUGUCGUACACUCUGACCGAUUGCCACCCCAGCGUUCUGUCUGCACUGAAACACAACUUGCGGCUCAACCAACCUCUCUUCACCGGUACUGAGGUUACGUCGCAGUUACUGGACUGGGAGGACUCGGAGCGACAUCAUCUGUCGAACCCCGUGGAUAUCGUUCUUGCCGCAGAUGUUGUGUACGACGAGAGGUUGUUUCCUGCUCUCGUGAACACGUUGCGUCACUUCUUGUCCAACAAGUCAACGCGCGCGAUAUUGGCUUGUACAGAACGCAACCCCAGCACACUUGCCACAUUUCUCCAACAUUUGGAAGAGAAUCAUCUAGGAGUAGAAGAGCUGGUGUGUCCUGCUCCUGCUGUUUUCCGCUACUCCACCUCACCUCCCAUCAGGCUGUUCUGCUGCUCAGGACGUACCCCGGAACUAGGCCGCCAAGAUGUUAAACACUCUGGUGAGUUUAGAGUUUUAUUUUGUCGCAUGUCUCUGUUUUGA